GAGAGACACGUGUACAAAGGAACCAGGAAGUGACUGCCGGAAUUGGAAUAUCAGCUGUAGUUUGCAACGUCUGGGUGAUCUUAUUGAGUAUCUUCAAACCCAGAAUUCCUCAUUAUGAUACUUGGUUACAAUCCAGUGUUGCAAGCACUGCUAGGAACCUUACUGACUUGGGGAUUGACGGCUGCUGGCUCAGCACUUGUAUUUAUCUUUUCCAGUGGGCAGAGACGAAUCCUGGAUGGGAGUCUAGGCUUUGCUGCAGGGGUUAUGCUGGCUGCUUCUUUCUGGUCCCUUCUUGAACCUGCUAUUGAGCUAGCUGAGGACUCUGGGAAGUUUGGAGCCUUGGCCUUCCUCCCUGUAGCUGUUGGCUUCAUUCUGGGAGCAGCAUUUGUAUACUUCACUGACCUCCUCAUUCCAUGGCUGGGUAUCAAUGUGUCUCCUCAAACAUCACUGGCUUUAAAUUAUGAUUCAAGAGUGAUUAAGGAGAAAUACGAACAACAGGCCACGGAUCAUCAGGAGUAUGAAAAUGAACUGUCCAUCCGGAUAGGUAGAACAGCUUUACAUUCAGACAAAGGUGAAAAUGGGGAACCAUAUCAAAGGAGGAAAGGUGCUGGACAUAAUCAACCAGAUCUUCCUGCAGUGUCCCACACUUUCAAAGACAACAUUCCUGCUCCAGCAAGCAGCAGUUGGAGGAGGAUCAUGCUGUUGAUUUUUGCAAUAACAAUACACAACAUUCCUGAGGGUUUGGCUGUUGGUGUUGGAUUUGGUGCUGUUGGGAAGUCACCUUCUGCAACUUUUGAAAGUGCAAGGAAUUUAGCCAUUGGGAUUGGCAUUCAGAAUUUUCCAGAAGGGCUGGCUGUCAGCCUUCCCUUGCAUGGGGCUGGAUUUUCACCAUGGAGAGCCUUCUGGUACGGUCAGUUAAGUGGCAUGGUGGAGCCCCUAGCUGGCAUCUUUGGUGCUUUUGCCAUAACGCUAGCUUCUCCUCUCCUCCCAUAUGCUUUGGCUUUUGCUGCUGGAGCAAUGGUGUAUGUAGUGAUGGAUGACAUCAUCCCAGAAGCACAGAUCUGUGGCAAUGGAAAGCUGGCUUCCUGGACAGCCAUCUUAGGAUUUGUGGUUAUGAUGUCCCUGGAUGUAGGACUUGGAUAAUAAGAAAUAAUGACUUUUCUCAAACUGACCUUCAAAAUGCAUCAAAACAGGAGAUAUUGCACAGUAGAAAUUGCAACUGGACUAUUGUAUUUUACAUUAUUGUGCAGAAAACUGAGCUGGUAUUGAUUUAAUGAUACUGAUUCUUAAAACUUGUCAUAAUAUAUAUGGGGUUGAUCUUGGGAAGCAGGUUUCUUUGUGCAUUUGUCCUUUUGCCCCUAAUUAGUUCUGUUUCUUCAAGGCUGUUGGUUAUGAAGCGUAAUCAUGAGUUUUCAAGAAUUUUUUUAAAAAAAUUCUUCACAUUGUUGAGGCAGGUUUCUAAAAAUGUCACUGUCCAGUGUGAUCUCUGAUUGAUGGACUUUGCUGUAUGUAUUGUAUUGUAUUGUAUGGAACAGAGUGGGACAGCCUCAGAGAUCUUCAAGGCUUCUAUUGACACACAAUGACUAACAACACAGUUGUGUUGAGUUUUUUCUUCAGGGAUUUGGAAAUAUUUACUUUUAUAAGUUGCUGAAAUAAAUAGUAUCUUUAAAAAAAAUAACAACCAAGAGCAUAGGUAAGAUUUUAAGAGAUUUACUUGGACAGCAAGGUUGAAUAGCUAAUGUGCCCUUUACACAUCCUGUACUAAACAAUUCUCAGCAGUAAAUCUCUGCAGGUGGAUCAGAGCCUCUUGACAAUGUAUAGUUUGUUCUGCAUUGUCAUUGCAAGUAACAAAAGGCAGUGGUGUUUUGUUUCAUUGUUUAAACCAAUAAUAAUAAUAAUAAUAAUAAUAAUAAUAAUAUAUCUGUUCUAAGCAUUUUUCCACCUUUGGGUAUAAAUGCGAAAUGGUCUUGUGUUUAAAAAAAUGUACUGAGGAAUUGCACUGUCUUUCUGAUGGAUAUUAAGAUGACAUGACUCAACAAAGGUUAAUAUAAGCAAAUCUUUUUUCUAACAAUCUGACAAAUCUAUUGUAAGUGUGUGCCAAGGCCCCUGUGUAAGAAAAUAAUAUCCAUGAGGCCAUACAGUCAGAAAAUACAUCUGAAGGACUAAACAAUUUUACAGAUCCUGCAAAAGAACUUAGUAUAGGUAUGGAAUGUACUUUUGACUCAGGACUGUUUGCUUUACAUCUCCAGUAUUUAUUCUUCCAAAUGAAAUCUGGAGAAUUGUGCUUGAAAUCUCUCUUCCCAGGUGUUACAGUGGGGUUCGUGCAAUGGGUAAAUAUUGCCAGUAGUAGCCCCAUUUCUACCCUAAAGCGUUAGGGCUUUUCUGAUCAUUCUUUAGCAUUCCAGGAGAGAUGGAAUAUAAGAUGAUUGCAUCCAGACCUAAGUGAAUACUCUAAAGUAAAGCUUUCUAAGAGCCAUGCAACUUCCAUUAACUAGCAAGGAUUCAUGAACAAAAUUAAAUUAUAUAGAUUUGUUUCUUCAUUUUCAGGAAGGGGUUUGUUACUGUGCACAAAAACCAAUACAGAAUUAUGUUUGUACUUGAUUUUUUUAAAAUUCUGAAUUAAAAAUGGAUCAAUAAU